AUGGGACACAGUGACGUUUGGGCCUCUCACCCGGCCAACUACGGCAAGGGCUCGCGCCGAUGCCGCGUGUGCGAAAACCAGUGGGCGAUCAUUCGCAAGUACAACCUGAACAUCUGCCGCCAGUGCUUCCGGGAGUACGCCAAGGACAUCGGAUUCCAAAAGCACAACUAA